ACCACCACCCGGAAUCAAUUCGCCAAACCCAGCAGUCACGAUGGCCCCCAAGUCCAAGACCGUCCGUCCCGCCCAGGAGAACAUCUCCUUGGGUCCCCAGGUUCGCGAGGGCGAGCUCGUCUUCGGCGUUGCUCGUAUCUUCGCCUCCUUCAACGACACCUUCGUCCACGUCACCGAUCUCUCCGGCCGUGAGACCAUCUGCCGUGUCACUGGUGGUAUGAAGGUCAAGGCCGACCGUGACGAGUCCUCCCCCUACGCCGCCAUGUUGGCUGCCCAGGACGUCGCUACCCGCUGCAAGGAGCUUGGCAUCACUGCCCUCCACAUCAAGAUCCGUGCCACCGGUGGUAACGGCACCAAGACCCCCGGCCCCGGUGCCCAGUCUGCUCUCCGUGCCCUGGCCCGUUCCGGCAUGAAGAUCGGCCGUAUUGAGGACGUUACCCCCACGCCCUCCGACUCUACCCGCAGAAAGGGUGGUCGCCGUGGUCGCCGUCUCUGAGCGCCCGGUAUGCUCCAACACUACAUCACAUGGUUGUUGGCCUGGGUGGUCUCGGGACAGGAGUGCUCGUUACUUGGUUUCUGGGUGGCAUUGCGAAAAACGCGGGGAACGGCUACUUAGCCUGGUCCCCAAUCUACGUGCUGUGGCGUGCCGUCUGCUGCGGGCGACAGUAUCUAUCGUAGACAGAAUAGAAACUCGCCAUAUAUGGCCUGAACUGAAGAGUAGCUCCUGAACCCCUCCGACAAAUUGUGCACACGUUCCAGAUGCGCCA